UAGCGGGCCGGGCUCCCGCGGCUGCGGGGCGCGCGGCGGGCGCGGGGAUUGGCGGGCGCUCAUCGCGGGCCCGCCGCCGCUACUUAGGCGGAGCAGGGUGAGCGCCACGCGUCUGCGCGCGAGACCCCUGGGCCAAGCUGCCCGCGGUUUCUGGUGCGGCGUUCAGCCUGCUCCGCCGAGCUCCGCCGCCCUGGGUGGGCACUCCUCAGCAUGAACGCUCCCGCGACGCUUUCCCCCAGGAGCGAGGAAGGGCUCGAGACCACCUGGCCACCGGUGGCCAAUGCCAGUCGCGUCCCCGAGGAGGGGGAAGAGGAGACGCGGUCCGACGGCACGGGGGCGGCAGGCAUGGUCACCAUCCAAUGCAUCUAUGCGCUAGUGUGCCUGGUGGGACUGGUGGGCAAUGCCCUGGUCAUCUUUGUGAUCCUUCGCUACGCCAAGAUGAAGACAGCCACCAAUAUAUACCUGCUCAACCUGGCCAUCGCAGACGAGCUCUUCAUGCUAAGCGUGCCCUUCGUGGCCUCGUCCGCUGCCCUGCGCCACUGGCCCUUUGGGUCUGUGCUGUGUCGCGCGGUGCUCAGCGUGGACGGCCUCAACAUGUUCACCAGUGUCUUCUGCCUGACGGUGCUCAGCGUGGACCGCUACGUGGCCGUGGUACACCCCCUGCGUGCCGCCACCUACCGUCGGCCCAGCGUGGCCAAACUAAUUAAUUUAGGCGUGUGGUUGGCAUCCUUGCUGGUCACCCUACCCAUCGCAGUCUUUGCUGACACCAGACCAGCCCGAGGUGGCCAGGCAGUGGCCUGCAACCUACAUUGGCCUCACCCGGCCUGGUCAGCGGUCUUCGUGGUCUACACGUUCCUCCUGGGCUUCUUGCUGCCGGUUCUGGCCAUUGGCCUGUGCUACCUGCUCAUAGUGGGCAAGAUGCGUGCAGUGGCCCUGCGGGCUGGCUGGCAGCAGAGGAGGCGCUCAGAGAAGAAGAUCACAAGACUUGUGCUGAUGGUAGUGGCUGUCUUUGUACUCUGUUGGAUGCCUUUCUACGUGGUGCAGCUGCUGAAUCUUUUCGUCACCAGCCUUGAUGCCACUAUCAACCAUGUGUCCCUCAUUCUCAGCUAUGCCAACAGCUGCGCUAACCCCAUUCUCUACGGCUUCCUCUCCGACAACUUCCGCCGCUCCUUUCAACGGGUUCUCUGCCUGCGCUGCUGCCUCCUGGAUGCUGCUGGAGGUGCCGAAGAAGAGCCCCUGGACUAUUAUGCCACUGCUGUCAAAAGCAGGGGUGGGGCAGGAUGCAUAUGCCCCCCUCUCCCCUGCCCGCAGGAACCCAUGCACGCAGAACCCAGCCACAAACCCAUGCCUCUCACCAGGACCACCACUUUCUGAAGAUCCUUUUUGCCAGCCCCCUGGCAAGGUCACCUCCUACAGAGUCUGCACUACCCCCAUGGCCCAGCAACUUCAUCUCCUGGAGACUCACCUAAGAAUAACCACCUGUCCCCAACAAAGCCGUCUUCUUUCAGCAGACUUCAUGCAGUCCCCAAGAACAAGAGGACUCCUCUGCUGUCCCCCUCUCCCAGGACUUUGACUUUCAGGAUGCCUCUGUGGGGGUAGGACAACUCUGGGAACUGGGCUAGGGUAUCGGUCAUUCUUGUCCCUCUCUGGCUGUUUUUCUAAGGGUGGGAAGCAGGAGGUGGCCAGAGAGAGAGAAAUGGCCACUUGGGUGUGACUUGUUACAGUGACUGCUUGGGUGAGGGUAGUGGAGGACGGCAGCGCCCUUGUUCUCUGCAGGUUCCCUUUGCCUUGUGGUGGGAGUACAUCAUGCAUGGAGAGAGAAGGGAGGAAAGAAGAUGUCUCCAAGCACGCUCCCUUUGUGUUUGUUCCUGGGCUCUUGUCACUAAGUGAGAUUUUUGUGCAACAGCCUAGGUCACUUGCCUUAUCAACCCCCAAGCCUGACCCCUGCUUGCAAUCACAAAUGUCUCCUGGAUUGUCCAAAGCUGGUAGCAGCUUCCUGUGAGUAGAAAAGGGUCUGCUGUGAAGCAUAAAGCCCUAGGUCAGGAAUAAAAAAGAGGAG